CAAAAUAUACACAUAUACUACUUAAAAUAUAUACUUUAGUUUAAUGUAUAAUUUAUAUUAUAAUUAAUUAUUUCCAAUGACUAAUAUUAUUGUAUUUCUACUACCUUUUCUCUUACUGCAAUGGCUUCUCAUUUCUGGCUCCCCCACUACAAAUCAGAUUCCCAAGCAUUAUGUGAUAUAUAUGGGAGCAUCAACAGCAUCACCAAAUGUAACUAAUGAAGAUACUAAAGUUGCUGAUGAAUUAUCUCAUCUGCAGUUACUUUCCUCCAUCAUCCCAAGGAAAGAGAAGGAAAGAAUAUCUCUAAUCCACCAUUACCACCAUGCGAUUAGAGGAUUCUCUGCUAUGCUUACCGAUAAUGAAGCUUCUCUUUUAUCAGGUCACAGUGAUGUGGUAUCAGUUAUUGAGGAUGAAAUAGUGGAACCACAAACAACACGUUCAUGGGAUUUCUUAGAAGAGGGAAUGCAAUCAAAAUGGGGUUUGGCUAAGCCUGUCACCAGCAACAUGAUUAUUGGGGUCAUUGACUCAGGGAUCUGGCCGGAGGCUGAAAGUUUUAACGACAAAGGAAUAGGGCCAAUACCUUCAAAAUGGAAGGGAGCUUGUGAGAGGGCAUCAGACUUCAAUGCCUCCUCCAACUGUAAUAGGAAGCUGAUAGGCGCAAGAUUCUACGUUCCUGAUCCUAAACAAGCGGCGAGUAAAGAACUGACACCAAGGGAUUCAACUGGGCAUGGAACACACGUGGCCUCCACUGCAGCAGGUGCAGUAGUUCCCGGAGCUUCAGACAUGGGUUUAGGCAGUGGGACAGCGAGAGGUGGUGCACCAUCAGCAAGGAUUGCCAGCUAUAAAGUGUGUUAUAGUGGUGGUUGUUCAUCAGCAGGAAUAUUAAAAGCCAUUGAUGAUGCAAUUAAUGAUGGGGUUGACAUAAUCUCUAUGUCACUCGGAUACUCAACACCCUCCUCCAACAGCUUCUUGGAAGAUCCACUUUCCAUCGGUGCUAUUCAUGCUGACCAAAAUUCUAUCUUGCCAGUUCUUGCAGCCGGUAAUGCCGGCCCUACUCCUUCCACAGUUAGCCACACCGCACCCUGGACAUUUACUGUCGCAGCUUCCACCAUUGAUAGAGAUCUCAGGUCCAUAAUUCACCUUGAAAAUGGCAAAAUUAUCAAUGCACUUGGCAUUAAUUAUUCAAAUCUUUCACGGUCAGCUAUAUAUCCAUUUGUAAUUGGAAAAGAAGCUGCUAUUAAUUCUUCAGUUGUGUCAAUUGCAGAAAAGUGUUAUAGUGGAUCUUUGGACAUAAAGAAAAUCUCUGGAAGUAUUGUAGUUUGUGUUGAUGGUGGAGACCCUUCACGUUUAGACGUUGUGCCUUUAAUAACAAGCAAAGGACUAAUUAUGUUUACGGGAAAGACUGUGCUCGGUUCUACAUCCACAUUCCCAUCAGUACAAGUAAACAACAUCGCAGACUAUGACAUUCUUGUAAACUACUUUCACUCUACCGCGAAUCCAACAGCAACAAUUUAUCCAACAGUUGAAGUUCCAAAAUUGUAUAAACCUGCACCAGUGGUGGCUAAUUUUUCAUCGAGAGGUCCUGGACAGUUUACGGAAAACAUUCUUAAGCCAGAUAUAAUGGCUCCCGAAAUGGCAAUUUUAGCUGCUGCUAUGAACACAUCAAAGUAUGUAUUCAUGUCUGGAACCUCUAUGGCUUGUCCACAUGUAUCUGGGGCUGCUACUUUCAUCAAGUCUGUUCACCCUACAUGGACUACUUCUAUGAUCAAAUCAGCACUUAUAACAACCGCAAGUGCAUAUGACAACACAGGCAAACCAAUAAGAAAUGAACUAAACCUAGUGGCAAGCCCACACGAGGCUGGAUCUGGAGAAUUAAACCAUAUGAAAGCUCUAGACCCAGGGCUAGUCUUCGAUACAACCACACAAGACUAUUUCAAUUUCCUCUGUUACUACGGUUAUAAAGAGGCAAAAAUAAAAUCCGUACUUAAGGGAGCAAAUUUAUUCCAAUGCCCUAAAAACUCAAAGCCAGAACUGAUCACAGACAUUAAUUACCCAUCCAUCUCUAUUGGCAAUCUUAAACGACAGCAAUCAAGUCCUACAGUCGUCAAAAGGACUGUGACCAAUGUAGGAGCCUCCACCUCAACAUACACUGUUCGAGUCAAUUCUCCCAAAGGCUUAGUUGUAAAGGUUAAUCCUGAUAGGAUUGUGUUCAGCAACAGCUUGAACAAGACUUCCUUUGAGGUGUCGUUUGAUGGCAAAGGGGCUGUUAGUGGGUAUAAUUUUGGAGAUAUUACUUGGUCUGAUGGUCUUGAUCAUUCUGUGCGUGUUGUGUAUGUUGUCAAAGUAGUAUAAUUUUACUUUGCCAAUUAUAUAUAAUAUAGUAAUAUAUCUUAAUCUUAUGUAGUGAUAAUUAAUGUAAACAGUAAAUGCAUGCCAUGAUUCAUGCAUGCAGAUAUGUUUUUACUUUAUAAUUUGGCAAAGGAAUUGCUUGACAGGCAAAGUGGCCAUGGAAUAGUUCUAUUUAAAUUUUGUAGAUCACUAUUGUCUACAACUUUUGAAUUUAUUAUCAAAAGUUAUAACAAUAUAUUAUUGAAUAAAUAAAAAGUUGUUUUUUUUCUUA